CAGCUCCUCGGCGACCUCCGCACUCUCAGCGACAGCUCCCUCACCCGCGUCGGAAGCGACAUCAAGAAGAUUCUCCAGGGCAGCGGUAACCCCGAGAGCCGGGACCGCUACUUUGGAGUUCCCCCCAUGAACACACCUCGCUGCAAGCGAGACACUUGCUGUGUGUGGAAGUACAUCUCUGAUGAGCUGCACACACUGUUCCAGGGUGACUCUGGUCGCUGCAGCAAGUGGGCUCGUUAUGCCGUUCGCAUGGGUUUCCACGAUGCUGGUACAUGGUCUACCAAGACCGCAGCUCAGGGCGGUGGUGCUGAUGGUUCCAUCAUCCUGGCUGGUGAGCUUAGCCGUGGUGAGAACCUUGGUCUUCAGGAUAUGGGCAAGAAGUACCAGGAGGUUUACACAAAGUAUCACGACAACCUUGGCUUCGACCAGGUCACCUACGCCGACCUCAUCCAGAUGGGAGCCAACAUCGCCGCCGUGACAUGCCCCCUCGGCCCUCGCGUGCGCUCCUUUGUCGGUCGCCAGGACACCAAGAAGGCUAACCCCAACAACCUCCUCCCCAACGUCAACGGAAACGCUCUCUACCUGAUCAACCUCUUCAAGGACAAGACCAUCGGCCCUGAUGAUCUCGUCGCUCUUAUCGGUGCCCACACCACCUCUCAGCAGAACCACGUCAACACCGACCGUGCUGGUGAUCCUCAAGACAGCACCCCCGGUGUGUGGGAUGUCCUCUUCUACAAGGAGACCAUUGGAACCGCCCCCGACCGUGUCUACAAGUUGCCGAGUGACGUUGUCCUCUCCAAGCACCCCCUGACCCAACCCGCUUUUGAAGCCUUUGCUGGUGGAAACGGAGCCCAACGUGCCUGGAACGUGGACUACGCCCGUGCUUACGUCCGCCUUAGCCUUCUGGGCGUCAACAACAUCAACGACCUCACAGAGUGCACCAAGGUCCUGCCACAGCCCAUCGACGGCUACAAGCAUCGCGACGGCAGCCGGUUCAGCAAGUGGCUCCAG